CCCGGAUCCGGAAAUGUGUGUGUGGGGGAGGGCGGGACCAGGCUGUCAUGGCGGCCGGAGCGCGGCUGGAGAACGCGAACCCGCUGAUUUACGGGCGGAGCUCGGAGCGGCCUCUCACCGCCCGGGAGCAGGAGGAGGAGGCGGUGGACAUCAUCGACAACCGGGAGAUCUUUGAUCUAAUCAGAUCGAUCAAUGACCCAGAGCAUCCACUGAGUCUGGAGGAGUUAAAUGUUGUGGAACAGCUUCGAGUUAACGUGGUUGACCAUGAGAACAGUGUAUCAGUGGCCUUCACACCGACCAUCCCUCAUUGCAGCAUGGCUACUCUCAUUGGCUUAUCCAUUAAAGUCAAGUUGCUGCGCUCGCUGCCUGCCCGCUUCAAGGUGGAUGUCCACAUUACUCCAGGAACCCAUGCUUCUGAAAACGCAGUGAACAAGCAACUGGCUGAUAAAGAACGAGUGGCAGCUGCUCUGGAGAACUCACACCUAUUGGAGGUUGUUAAUCAAUGUCUGUCAGAAAGGUUGUGACCAGACCACAUCAUGGCACAGCACAGCAAUAAAUAAUCACAGCAUUUCUGAGCCCUGUUUGUGUGUCUAAGGGUCUCUGCAACGUUGGGGCUUUCCCCGAAGGGAAAUCUCAGAGGUCCCUGCAAAGUCAAUCAGCAGUUGUGCCGGUGUGUAGAUAGAGAAUGAUUUGUAUAUGUUCUUAUGAGUUAAUGAUCUGUCAUUCAUCACCUACCAGCACUGUCUAUUUUGUGCCUGUCUGCAGGUCAGCCAAUAGGAGCUGGUGGGGACUAGCCUCCAUGGCAAAGGGGUAGGUGAAGGGGGCAGUCUCUGUAAAUGCCGGUGUGACGGAAGAGAGAUGUAGAGAUCCUAUCCUGAUGGCUCAACCUGUGCUUAGAAUGUUUCUGCAGGUGAAUGACUGGGAUCAGGGAGUAGGUGUAAAGUUUGGGUAAUUGGGGUCAGAGAUAUAUGGAUGGAACGUUAGGGGUGAUGGAAGUACAAACCUGCAUCCCAAACUGUCUUGGCAGACUUAUCAACCCUCACUCUCCUCAUUCUCUGAUACACUCACGCAUCAUCUCACUCAUACGUAAACCUACUUCCUUAUAUACAUCCUCACACAAACUCAGAGUGACUACUGCAUUCAUCCAUUCAAGGUAUCCCAUAUGACAAGUGGCAAUGUAAAACCAUGUCCUUAAAUAAUUUUGAAUGCACUUCUAAUAAAAUGCAGUUUACAAAACUCCACUGGCUGAUGUUUUACUGCUGAAGAUGUUCUUUUAUAACAACAUAAUUUUAUGUUUUCUUAGUUUUUCUAAUAAAUUUAGAAGGUUAGAAAGUUAAAAGUUACAAACCUCAAAAUAUGGGAAUACCACCACCUGCAAUUUCUCUUCCAAGCCCCCCUCCAUCCUGACCUGGAAAUAUAUUUCUGUUCCUUCAGUGUCGCUGAGUCAAAUUCCUGUAACUCCCUAAUGGCAUUGUGGUUUCACUACACCCACAGACUGCAGCAGUUCAGGAAGGCAGCUCACCACCACCACCACCACCUCGGGCGCAACUACAGAUGGGCAAUAAACGCUAGCCCAGCCAGUAACUCCCACAUCACGUGAGUGAAUAUUAAAAAGAAACAGAUUUCAAUCUACUUGCUAAUAUCAUCUGUUACAGAGAUUGAAUCCCAGAGAAGUAUCGCACCUAUCUCCGCUUUUUAAAUCUUAGCUUGUGCUUCCUGACAUUUCUUUUUAGACUGCUGAGACGGUUUUUUCAAAAAAAACUAAGUCCUUCUGAGGCCGCUGAUCUGAACCUCUUACAACUCUGAUGGCCUAAACUUUUUCAGAUUCAACAAUUUGAAAGUUUCUAUCCAAAUUCUCCAGGCUUGGAAGUUCCCAGACUAAAAAUCACUUCUGCUGAGGUGACUGACUCCCUUGAACUGAGAAAAGUUGUUCUCCUCUGACCUGAUCUCCAGGUUCUUCUGAACUAAAACUUUGAACAUUCUGUUCUGAUGUCAAUACUAAUGGUCUUAAUGUGUUAAAUCUCCCUGUCCCAGACCCAACAAUAAAAACACUUUAUCGAUUAACACCAUAGGGUCUGCUGGGCAGUUGAUUGCUGUCAUUAGUCGUCUUACAAAUGUAUUUAGAUCACAAUGUAGUACACUUUCUCACCUUAUUUUCUUAAAAAACUUCUUGGACAGACCUUUGUUUUAUCUAUCUCUAUUUUGAAAUCCAGAUCCCAAAGUAUAAUGUAUAUUAUAGUUUUCAUCAGUUACAGGAAUCUAAUGUCCCAUUCACAUCCAUCAUGUCAUUUUUAGAAAAAAAACGCAUCCACAAUUUAAAGCUCAAAACAUCAAAAAUAAAGCAAUUGGUUGGAUUCACAGUAGGUUUUUUAAUGCAGUAAUGACAUGCUGAUUUUUGUUUGAUGCAGUGAGAAUUUUUUUAUCAAUGGUAUUCCUGUUAAUUUGGAGACUGUAGAAUGAUCCACUCCCACUAGAUGGUGCCACCUAGGAGCUGUAGUCAGUAAUGGUGUUGAGUAAUACUCUGAAUCUCACUCCUGCCACUGACCAUGUGAAACCAGAUUCAAUAAAAGCUUGGGUGAAAUGCUAA